UGGACCAAGCAGACCCUGGUGGAUCCUCCUGGACUCCAGUUGAACAUGUACUCUCAGUACUGGAUGUCGGAUCGGGACCGUAGACCAGACUACAGGAGAUACACGGUGGUGGAGGGGGCAUGUCCUCUCCCUCUGGGCUCCACCUGUCGCAGGAAGCGCCUGCGUUCGCUUGGUGAGGAGGACGGCGAGGGCGUGAGAAGCUGCGCAUUCCGACCAAACCCAGAGGGCGGCGGCGGCGGCUCGCAGUCGGCCGAUGAACUCAGCCGAUACGCAGAGCCGGACGAAAAGGGGGAGGGGCUACAGAGGCUGUGUCAGCGAUGCCACAUUAUGGUGUCACAGCUGAUCCGACAGGCCGCCGCCCUCACGGACACGGCGGCACUGAAGGACGCCGCCUACGCCUCCUUCCUCUUCGAUAAGCUCCAGCGCCUUCAGCUUCCACGCCGCGGCCGCCAUGCUCCGGUCGACACCCACUGUGACGUCUGUGGCUCCGCCUUCCAGCAGCUGAGGCGUCUGGCUCUGCGUCGCGCCCUGGGCAUCAGUGUGGAAAUGACGCCGCGCCCGGCCGUGGCUCCGCCCCCGGGCUCCGGUGGCUGGACGAAGGACGAGCUGCUGCCGGCGAAGCAGCAGCGAUGGUCAUAUGAGGAAGAGGCGCGGGAGGGCGGAGCUCCGUGGGGCUGGGGCGGAGUCCAGAGCACCUACCUCGGAGGGGGUGGGGCCAAAGGCCUGGCCACGGUCACGCCUCUUCCCUUGGACGCACGCCAUUACCUGGAGGGGGUGUGGAGGGUGUCCUGCAGAAGUGACCACAGAGCGACUACGGGUCUGAGCUCAGACUACGUGACCAUGACGGCUUCGGCUCUGGACGUCCCGCUCAAACCACAAUCCCACAGCAUCGCCACCCAAACCAGCCAGAACCCGUCCGCCGCAGCCGCCUUCUUCAUCAGGGCGGCUCAGAAGCUCAGUCUUUCCCGGAGGAAGAAGCCGCCCCCGGGUCUGGGUCCAGGUCCAGGUCCGGGUCAGUCCUCGGCCGAGGCCCCGGGGACCCUGGUCUACACCGGGGGCUUCAGCGGCGCCCUGCAGCUGUCCCCGCCCCCUGUGCCACCAUGCCUCCUGAGGGCAGGGUCAAAGGUCAAGGACAUGCCGGGGAUAGGGAAGGUCAGGGUGAUGGUCCGGAUCUGCUCGGUCCACGGCGACUCGUCCGAGUCCGUGUCCUUCCUCAAAGUGGACGGUCGGAAGAAGCAGCUGACCAUAUGUGAGACCGCGGCCGGAGGACACUCAGCCGCCGCCCACAGACGCUCCUCAGGCUCCGCCCCCAAAACUUUCAACUUCGACGCUGUGUUCUCCCAGGAUGCAUCACAGGCCGAGGUGUGUUCAGGGACGCUGGCCGAGGUCAUCCAGUCCGUGGUCAACGGCGCCGAUGGCUGCGUCUUCUGCUUCGGACACGCUAACCUGGGUAAGACCUACACCAUGAUUGGGCGGGACUGCUCCACCCAGAGCCUGGGCGUGGCUCCCACCGCCAUCUCCUGGCUCUUCAAGGUGAUCGAGGAGCGGCGCGAGAAGGCGGGGGCUCGAUUCUGCGUCCGGGUGUCCGCCGUGGAGAUCUCCGGGCGGGAGGAGACGCUCACCGACCUCCUGGCCGAGGGUCAACACGAAGCCCCGGGCCCCGCCGUGGCCCUGAAGGAGGACCCCAUCUGUGGGUCCCAGCUGCAGAAUCAGACGGAGCUGAAGGCGACCACGGCCGAGCGAGCCGCCUUCUUCCUGGACGCCGCCCUGACGGCAAGGAGGAGCAGCCGCACGCCCAACGACCAGGAGGCCCGAAGGAACGCCCACUUCCUGUUCACCCUUCACCUUUACCAGGAACGACAGGACAAGAGCAACAAGGCGGCAGUGUCGGGCCGGAGCCGCCUCCACCUUCUGGACCUGGGCCCCUGCGAGACCGACAUCAGCCGGACCCGGGAGGGCGGAGGGGGCCAGUGUCUGUCCCUGUCAGCGCUGGGCAACGUGGUCCUGGCCCUGGCCAACGGGGCUAAGCACGUCCCCUACAGGGACAGUAAGCUCACCAUGCUGCUCAGCCAGUCCCUGGGAAACAUCAACUGCAGAACCACCAUCAUCGCGCACGUGUCGGACUCACCGGCCAACUACAUGGAGACGCUGACCACGGUCCAGCUGGCCUCACGCAUCCACCGCAUGAGGAAGAAGAAGGCCAAGUACGCCUCCAGCUCGUCUGGCGGGGAGAGUUCCUGUGAAGAGGGUCCGUCGCAUCGACCUCCCCACCUCCGGCCCUUCCACCCUCGGACGAUAGCCCUGGACCCGGACACCCCCCUGCUGCUCUCCAGUGAUCCAGACUACUCCUCCAGUAGCGAACACUCCUGCGACACGGUUAUCUACGUCGGACCCGGAGGAAUCGCCAUCUCAGACCGAGAACUGAGCGACAACGAGGGGCCGCCUUCCUUUGUGCCAAUCAUCCCCUCCCUGAACAAAAAGCGGGCCAAAGAGGCUCCCAGGCCCGAUGGCGACCACUUUAAGUGUAACACGUUUGCAGAACUACAGGAAAGACUGGAUUACAUCGAUGGAAGCGAGGGUCCAGCCACAUUUGGCGCAGAGGCCAAAACUGGACAAGGUGUUAGGACUGGACCCAACAAAACCACAGAGGCAACCUCUCCACCAAAUCCAGAUAAGACCUCAUCGCAGAGGCCUACAGAAAGCACAAACCAACCUGAUCAGGAACACAAGCUUCCCUCAGCCUGCGUCAUCAUGGACAAACGGACCAGUGCAGAUGGAGAGAAACUUUUAGCCCCCCCUUUACAGCCAUGUGCGGUUAAACCUCCUGGACCUCCUUCCCAGAACCCAGAGCCUGUGGUAUGGGAGAAAGUCUACCUCAGAGGAGGCAUACCCAAACCCUCUGCGUCACCAUCCUUACCCAGAACAUUUAGGGCUGAAUCUCAGGGUGGGGUGGCCACUGGCAGAACCCCCCCGGUAGGUAUGAGUCAACAAGCUCCAAGGCAACAACCAGACAUGGAAAGGACUCCUCAAACAAAUGCUCCUCAGACUGCGAUGUUCGGGCGAUGCCUCAACAGGGAAUUCCUGAGGACCACCGUCACCCUGCAGCAGCCCGUGGAACUGAACGGGGAGGACGAGCUCGUGUUCACCGUCGUGGAGGAGCUUCCUCACGGACUCCUCCCAGACAACGGUCGGCCCUCCAACAUCCUCAGCUUCAACAGAGACUGCUCUCUGCAGACCUUCUCCUCCAGAUCCCGCCCUGUUAGCAUCAUCAGCAGUAUUAACGACGAGUACGAUGCUUACACGGCCCAACACAGAGCCGAAGGGAGCGGCUCUGAUCUCUCUCACCGUGGCAACGAACUGUCAUGGGAAAGUGAAGCUGCUGCAGAUUCAGCUGAAAGUGAAACAAGAAAAGUUUAUUUGAGGAGCAAAAACAAAUCAACAGAGGUGACAUCAGCACUGACCUCACCUGGUGUUUUUCACAGAGAGUCAGUUUUGCAGAAGAGUUCAUUGAAUGACAGCGGAGUUGGUUUCUCAGAACUGGACAGUGAUCCCAGUACUCCCAACAAACCUUCUUUUACCAAGUGCCCUCCUUUCCUUGACUCAACCAAAGCCUCGCUGAAAACCUCCAGGGUCAGAGCCAGUUCUUCAGACUCAGCACAAAUCCCACAUCACAUCUCUCAUUCCAGUCUUCCCAGGAAAAACAAGCCUACCUCAUCCGCCACAGUGGGCUGCAGCAGACUGGAAGGUAGGCAUGAUGAUGCUUUGCUUCAAGGAAGCAGUUACUCUGAUCCUAGAGAGGUCGAGGGUCUCUCUGCUGCCAAACCAUCCAGAAGUGGCACGAACGGGAAUUCUUCCAAGAGACCCGGCGGGAACAGUAACAGUGUACCUCGUCCACCGAAGGCGCACGUGUCGUCUUCGGCUCAGAGAGUGGUAGACGGCUGUGAGAAGUCCAGCAGCCGGAGAGGAGACACACUUAUCAAACUACCACGACUCACCCGAGGAGCCACCACUCUGGGAACAUUUUCAUCUGAAUCUAAAUGGGCUCAUGAAGGAGCUGCAGCAACAAGCACCCUGAGGUUUUCCUCUUUAGGGAAAAAAUCUAACGGGCAUAAAAGCAGCAUCAUCUCCAAGUCUGGCUCCGGAAACAUCUCCCUGUCAAGCCAAGAGCAAAAGGCAAGAACUGCACUUUCUCCAAGUGCCUUAAAAACAAGUAGUGAUGUUGGAAAGUCUUCUCUUCCAAAAGCAUUGACCUCAGAGGAAGAAUUCACCACCAGGCUUAGAGCAGAUUCUUUCAGCCACAGGACAUCGAGCUUAAAAAUCGAUCAUUCAGCCAGAACGUCAUCAAGCUUGAAGAUGCGAGGAGCCAAAGCAGAUUCCUCUAGGUAUUUUGGUAGUCUGAUGUCUCUGGAGAGGUGCGACAGUCCACCGUCUGUCGGGUCCAAGCUCGGGCUCUCCUUGGAGAACAGCGGUGCUUGUUUGGCAGGUAACAGUAGGUCCAACAGAUCAGUGCCCAGACUUGGGGUUCCAGCAUCUACUUCCACAUCUUCCACUUCCCAUGUUCCUCCCAGUCUUUUUGCAAGUACAAGCAAACUUGUACAGCUCAAAGGCAGCAGCAGCAGCAUGAGAGCAGCAGGUUCUGGUGGGUUGAAGGUCCGAACGCUGUCUACUAGCAGUUCAAAGAGCCUGAGCUCCUCCUCAAAGCCUCCUGAUAUGAUGACUGGACGCAUGGCCAACCUACCUCCAACCAGCAGGUCCCCAGCUCGGUCCACUGCAGGAACCAAGCCCGGAAGAGGCACCAUCAUGGGCACAAAGCAGGCCGUCAGCCGGGCAGCCAACAGCCGGGUUAGCGAGCUCGCUGCCGGUAGCCAACGGAAGAUGCUCAACAGGGAACCGAUCGGAAACACAGGUACCGACAGUGGGACAAGCAGCAUCAUCGGGUCAUCAACCAACACCGCCCUGCCAUCACCUUACAGUAAAAUUACCGCCCCUCGGAGGCCUCAGCGCUACAGCAGCGGCCACGGCAGCGACAACAGCAGUAUUCUGAGUGGUGAACUGCCGCCUGCCAUGGGACGCACCGCCCUGUUUUACCACAGCGGGGGCAGCAGCGGCUACGAGAGCAUGAUCCGGGACAGCGAGACCACCGGCAGCACCUCGUCGGCACACGAUUCCAUGAGUGAGAGCGGAGCGUCAACGUCCAACAGGGGAAGAGUGUCCAAGUCACCGAAGAAGAGAGGAAACGGUUUCUUGCGGCGCCGAUUGAUCCCGGCGCCGCUUCCGGACCCGUCCACCCUGGGCCUGAGGGUGGGGGGGCAGUGGGUGGACCGGCCCCCCCUGGGCGGGACCCUGAAGGAGCCCUUCGAGAUAAAGGUGUACGAGAUCGACGACGUGGAGCGCGUGCAGAGGAGGAGGCAGGCGGCGGAGGCGGAGCCGUUCCAUGACGUUGAAAAGGGCCUGCUGUACUUUAACGCCCGCCUCAGGAUGUUGGAGAAGCGUCAGCAGCAGAUCAGAGAACUGACCAAUGAGCAGCAGAGGCUGAAGGCGGAGCUAGAGGACGCCAAGACCAGACUGAUGCUGGACCCCCGAAAGUGGACCGGAGAGUUCGACGUGGACCCGGACCUGGACCCGGACUCCCAGGACUACCUGGAGGCUCUGGUCCAGACCACGGCUGAGCUCCAGUACUGCGUUAACCUGUGCAAGUCCCGCCUCAUGAUGGAGACCUGCUUUGACAUCACCGUGACGACCACUGCCGCCGCACAGGGGGGGCAACAGGAAGUGGAGGUGUGACAGGGGGCGGGGUUUACACUUUUAACCCCGAUGAAGAAAAAUGACAAAAGAAGAAAAGACGAAAAAACUGGACUAAAUGUGUGGAUUUACGUGUUUUUGUUCUGAUCCUGGAUCCGAUAAAUGAGGAAGUGCCUUUAUGCGUUAGUAUUUAAUUAGACAUCGUUUGAUAUUUAUUUAAUUUAUUCAUUUGUCGUAGUUUCAUGUUUACAUUCUGUAUUUAUUUAUAGAUUUACUUAUGUGUCAGAAAUGAUUCGAUAAGCCCCUUUUCCACCGACAUUCCUAGGUUUUUAUUUGCCUGGUAAAUAACUUCCAGUUAA